UUAAGGCAUUUUAAUUAAGUCUCCUUAGUCGUGAGCUGACUGUUCGUGCGCGGACAGUUUGUAGAAUUUAUUUUUAACGUUUUUAUACUUUCUCGCACAAAAAAAAUGGAUUUUGCUUUGACAAAACUUAUUGUGUUGCAUAAAAUGAAGUGGAAAUUACGUGGAUUGUACAAGGCAUUUAGUCGCAAAAAAGUAGUGGACAGCACUCAAGAAAGUACAUUGGCGAGAGUUUUGUCGACUCUCGAUCUCACAGCUUUAGGAAUUGGCUCUACUUUAGGAGUAGGUGUAUACGUCUUGGCGGGAUCCGUCGCGAAAGACCAUGCUGGUCCUGCUGUGACCAUUUCAUUCGCUAUCGCUGCGAUAGCAUCAAUGUUCGCAGGUAUGCAUUUACGAUUUACAUUAUUAUAGUUAAGAAGACAGUGAUAAAAGGACCAUUCGGCGAACAUUAUCGAUCUCCUUUUCUUAUUAUG